AUGUCGCCGUCGGUGCUGCGGACUCCCUCGAUCCGAGCUGGGGCCUUCGUCGCGGUCCUAGCGGUCUCCCUGGUGUGGACGUACUGGGCGGACAUGCGCCUAUUCGCGCUCCGCGCGAGACGCACCGUGCACCGCGACCUUCUCUUCAGGGACGACUACUGCGAGGCCCUGUCCGUGCUCGAGAUAUGCCGACGCGAGGAGCUCGUCAAGGUGCUGUUCGUCGUCGACACCGAGCUCGGGAACGUGGCGGAGCGCUCCUUCGCGCGAUUGACGUACGGCAGGCGCAGCUUCGCCCGUCCCCUCCACUGGCUCACCGUAUUCCGGAUGAUGGGUCAAAACAGCAACAGGCUUCCGCCCUCGCUAAAGGAGGAGUGCAGGAUCGCUCGCGACAUCGUGGUGCCAGGCGGCCGCUACGCGACGGCCGCCCCUCCGCUACCGGGAUCUCCGAAGACUCCGCCCACUUUUCUGGCGUUCGUGCCGUGGAUCCUAGAGCACUGCCCUAACGUGGACUUGAUGGUGCACAUGCACGACGGGGUGCUGCCGCACCCGUUCUACCUGCCCAACUACAGGGUCCUUCACAUGGAUCACCAACCGCAGGUGAUCCACUGUCACGGGACAGGUUGGAGCACGGCUGCGUGCCGGCCAUCGUCCGUGCUUAUGACCAAGAAGAAGGGCAUCGAGGCCCUCGCGCAGAACGCCAGCGAGCAGGAGGGUCACCUGGUCACGGGUGACCUGGAGGUCCGGGACAUCGCCAGCUACAUCGCCUUGAACGAGACGAUGACCAUGCUCUACACCAUCGGCGCCGUCAUCUUUUACACGUACCCGCCAAACCUCAACGUGUCCAGGCUGUCACUCUGGAACGAAAUGAUGGCCGCGCCGGAGAACAGCCCGCACUACCUCAGACUCUGAGAUCCAUUUUCUCU